CUCCAAAGAGGUAGCAAACGUUCUUUAAUGGCUCCAAAUUUUUGAUAUGUCUUUAUGGACGUGAAUAUCUAGCUCUGAGAGUUGGAAUUACCUAAUUCCAAUCUCCGGUUUGUGAGAUAUGGUCUCUAAAAGACACCUCAGAAAUCUGGACAUUAUCCUUGCAAAUGGAGCAAUAUUGCAAUGGGCUACUCGGCGGUGUUUCAUGUGUGGUGGCUGUGGUCAUGGCCAUUGGGAAUGUUCAAAUAAGUAUGCCAUACCAUAUGAAGAGUGGGUCAUGAUUCAUGAGGAGGAAAAGAAAAGCUCAUGUGACCAAUUUGUCAAUGAGGAAGACGUCUUUGAUAUUCCUGUCAAAGAUGAAGAUGACGUCUUCAUAGAAGAACCGGCUUCGAAUGCUCAAGAAGAAUCACACUAUAAUGAUUCUUUCUUUAUUCAUGAUGACUUCGUUGAUGAGGUAGUUAUAGAGAAAGCCACACCGAAAGUUAUAUAUUCUAAGGAAGUGAUUUCCAUAGAGUAUUAUCAUCUUUUCAAUGAAGGAAAAUCUUAUCUCAUCUCUAAGGUAUGUUCGAAGCAGGUUUUUACAAGGCAUGGCAUCAUGUUCCGGAAAUUACACAACGAGGUGUCUACUAAUUCCGGAAGGAACCUCAUUAUUGGUGGUUCAUUGAAUUUCCCAUUUGAUCCGGGAAUUCUUUUAUGAAACCCCAAUCAGUCACGGUGGUGCGAAAGUUUGAGGACAAACUUUCUUCGAAGAAGGGGAGUAUGAUGUACCCCUGGAUGGCUCCACUAAAAUCCCAACCUCUCCCAAAAUAUCCAAAAGUCUUUAAUCUUCAUUUGAUAAUCAAAAUAAAACCUUUACCCUCCUUUUUAGCCUUGGACAAAAAUGAUGACCAAAAAGACAAACCUUGUGUGUUGUUUUCUACUUCUUUUGUUCCUUUCAUUAAAUAAGACUUUCCCCU